AAUCCACUCAAGUCUAGUGGCGUAAUUUCUCUUAGGCAUGGCUCUCUUACGAUCCGGACCGGCUUGCCGCUGACGCGUCUCGUAAUCUGCUCACUGCCUGGUGGAGAGGCUCACCCUCGAGAUAGCGGGAGUGAGAUAGUCAGUGCAAUGGUCGGCUAUGGCUUAUUCGUAGUUCGUUUGUAAUUGGGUGUACAAUGCUCGCGCUUGUGUUCCUGGUGGCGCUUACGACAGUUCUGGUGUGGGAUUAUUUUUGGCGCAAGCGGCGCAAUGAUAUACUUCACUAUAUGCCAGGUCCGCGGGGUCUGCCUCUUGUCGGCAAUGCCCUCAUGUAUCGUGGCCUCGAUGCCGAACAGAUCAUGGGUUUUGUUAGCAAGAAUAGGAACAAGUACGGUCCACUCUACAAGGUGUGGGUGCUCAACCAGCUGGCCGUCUUCUCUACGGACCCGCAUGACAUCGAGUUCAUCCUUAGCAGCCAGCAGCACAUCACUAAGAACAAUCUGUACGAGCUGCUCCACUGCUGGCUGGGCACGGGCCUCCUAAUGAGCACCGGCAAGAAGUGGCAUUCCCGCCGCAAGAUCAUCACGCCCACCUUCCACUUCAAGAUCCUAGAGCAGUUUGUCGAGAUCUUCGAUCAGCAGAGCGCCGUGAUGGUGGGGCAACUGCAACAGCGGGCUGAUGGGAAAACAGCCAUUAACAUUUUUUCGGUUGUCUGUCUCCUGGCGCUAGACAUUAUAGCAGAAACCGCCAUGGGAACCAAGAUCCAGGCACAAAUGAGCCCCAAUCUGCCCUAUGUCCAGGCCGUCACGGAUGUGACCAACAUCAUGACCACCAGGUUCAUCCAUGCCUGGCAGCGCAUCGAUUGGCUCUUCCGCCUGGUUCAUCCGGGAAUGGCUAAAAGGCAGGAUAGCGCCAUUAAGGUGAUGCACGACUUCACUGAGAAUAUCAUUAAGCAGCGUCGGCAGGCCCUGGUCAGUGCAGGGAAACAGGAGAAGGAGAAGGAGGAGAUCAAGGAAGACGAUGACCUGGGACAGAAGCGUCGCAUGGCCCUUCUGGAUGUGCUCCUGCAGUCAACCAUCGAUGGGGCUUCACUCAGUAACGACGACAUCCGGGAAGAGGUGGACACGUUCAUGUUCGAGGGUCACGAUACCACUACCUCGGCCAUCUCCUUCUGCCUUUACGAGAUCUCUCGCCAUCCCCAGGUGCAGCAGCUUCUGGUGGAGGAGAUCCAUGAGGUUCUGGGUGUGGACCGCCAUCGUCCGGUCACCCUGCGGGAUCUGGGUGAACUCAAGUAUCUGGAGAAUGUGAUUAAAGAGUCGCUCCGCCUGCAUCCUCCAGUGCCCAUGAUUGGGCGCUGGUUCAACGAAGAUGUGGAGAUACGGGGAAAGCGCAUUCCAGCUGGGACCAACUACACCGUCGGCAUCUUUGUCCUCCUCCGUGAUCCCGAAUACUUCGAGUCCCCUGACGAGUUUAAGCCGGAUCGCUUCGACAGCACGUCACCCCAGACGCAUCCCUAUGCCUAUAUUCCCUUCUCUGCGGGUCCACGCAACUGCAUUGGUCAGAAGUUCGCCCUUCUGGAGAUGAAGAGCACCAUCAGCAAGCUGCUGCGUAAUUUUGAGCUGCUGCCUCUCGGUCCCGAGCCACGACCGGCCAUGAACAUUGUGCUGCGGUCCGCUAACGGGGUUCACCUGGGUCUACAGCCGCGUUCAGUUCUCGCCAGUUGAUCGCUCUGAUUAUGCUAGUCUUUCCCAUAUUGGUUUGCCCCAUCGGCUGUGGAUUAAACAAUAUUUUUUAGUCGAAUUCAAA